AUGGAACUGGCCAAUCUGCCAACGGAGCUGCUGCUACACAUCGUCAAAGCCCUUGAUCGAGACCGAGACAUUUACGCCCUCUGCCGCACCAGCCGGGGCUUUUACAACCUCACGAUAGACUACCUCUACCGACACAACGCAACCGCCCCCAACGUUGAGAGGAGCGCAAUCCUCUGGGCCGCCAAGCACGGACGAGUCUUGACUGCCGAAAAGGCCCUACUAGCCGGCGUCGAUGUCAACACACCGCAGGCUCCGUCGAGCACCCUGCCUCUCGUGGAAGCCGUGCGCUUCGGAAACGCCAUCAUGGUCUGGCUGCUCCUCGCCAAGGGCGCGGAUCCCAACGUGCUGCACGGCAAAGCAGGCACCGUCCUCCACACCGCCGCAGCCCAGUGGGACAUGGGCACGGCGACGGCGCUCCUCGAGCACGGCGCCGACGUCCACGCGCAGCGGCUCGACAACGGCGAGACGCCGCUCCACACGGCCAUCAACUCGGGCGCCAUCAUGACAGGCGGCGCAACCGAGAUGCUCAGCCUGCUGCUCGACCGCGGCGCCGACGUCGCAGACGCAGACUUUGUCGGCGCGACGCCGCUCCACUGCGCCGCGGCCUGCGGCAACAUCGCCGCCAUCCACGCCCUGCUCGACGCCGGCGCCGGCGCGAUCCUCUCGUCCCGCGGCGCGCACCGCGAAACCCCGCUUCACGCCGCCGUCCGCGUCAGAAACGAGGCCGCGGCCAGGGUGCUCAUGCGGCGCGGCGCCGACGUCCAGGCCCCCGACGCCCGGGGCAAGACGGUCUUCUGGCACGCCAUCAAGUUCGGGUGCCCUGCCAUCCUCGAGAUGCUCCUCGACAAGGGCGGCGCUAGUCCCCUGCAUCCAAACGGGAACCCGGCCCUCGUGCAGGCCGCCCGCAAGGGACACGCGGCGGUUGUCAAGGUGCUGCUCGCGCACGGCGGCGGCAGCGACAUCAAGGCGGACCCGGGCUUGGGAGAAUCGGCCAUGUUGGCGGCCGUUGCAAAGGGGCACGCUGACGUUGUUCAGGUCCUGCUCGACGCGGGCGUUUACAUCUGCACCAAGGACAGCGUCGGCAAUACGCUGCUGGUCCAGGCGGCGUUCCGGGGCCACGACGACGUGGUCGAUGUGCUGAUGCGCAACGGCGUCGCUUUGGCCUCCUCCCGUGAGUGGCCUGCGCGGGCUGGCCGUCCGUCGUAG